GCCAACGCCCGCACGGCGUCCAUGUCCUUUCUGUCAUGGGGGGCAGCGCGUCUGUGGGCCGCAACCUCCAAUCGUUCGAGGAUGAGCAUGUGCGCAACGAGAAGGAGACAUCGACCAAGAUCAAACCGCGCCUUAUCGCGAUGGAAAAGGAAGCUGUGUACCGCAUCAAGCCGGGCGCGGACGCCGUUGUCGACGAGAGUGCGCCACCUCCGGAAGAUGUAGCCUCGAAAAAAGACUUUUACGCGCCGCUAACUCCAUCGAUCUUUGGCAACGCGUCCCGCUCUCCUCGUCUGCGCUCGCUGAGCUACGAAAAGCUGCCACAGUCGGCCACCGAAGUUCGGAAAAGUGCUGCUGCAGGCACGGUGCCGAUCCACACUGUUGACCACACAAAGUACCUAAGGGGCUCGCUGCACGCUAAUCUCGCCAACGACAUGACAAUGGCGUUCACGAUGGACGUGCUUUUUGACCCCGUGACGAUCAAGCUCAUGGUCGCUUACUGCCACAGUAUUCCGUUCGCGUCCGACCGGCUGCUUUUCUGGGCCGACGUCCAGCACCUGCGGUCCCUUCCCAGUGCUCAGUACACGGAUCGCAUGCUCCAGAAGAUCUACCACAAGUUUGUGAGCGCCGCGGCUCCGACGCCAAUCUGUGUACCCACCAACGUCCUUCGCGAGAUCCAAAAGACGUGCGAGUCAACAGCUGGCAUCCAGUCCGCGGGCGUCUUUGCCGAGGCGCAAGCGCUUUGCCUCCGCGAUCUCAAGAAGGACGUGUUUCCUCGGUUCCGAAAGCACAAACUCUUCCACUCCAUGCAAUCGGCGUGUGAGACGCAGGCGUCGGAGAAGAAGCCUCGCUCGCGCUUUGCUUUACUCCGCGAGAAGCCUUCACUGCCAAUGUUCCAGUACGACAGCAACUACAGCUUCGAGGCUGUCAUGGCCGACAAGUGGAAGUUGCGUUACUUCAAGAGCUAUUGCAUCGAAAACAUGUCAUCCGAAAACCUCCUCUUCUUCCUCGAAGUCGACGAGUGCAAACGCCUCCCCAACCAGUCCUUCGUUCAGGCCACGGCGCGCAAGAUCUAUGACACGUACCUCAAGCCUGGUGCGAAGCGGUAUCUGAAUCUCUCCAUACGCCUGCACAAUGAGUUUGCCAUUCCGGACGACGCGUCUUUUGAGCCCUCGGUGUUCUUCGACGCACAAUACCUCGUGCUCGAGUACAUUCGCGUCGAGCUCUGGCCGCGCUUCAGCGUCUCGGAGCCGUACAUUAAAUACUGCCAAACCGAGGCCGUGUCGCCUCAACCGUGGGACGAGUACCACCCCGAAAUCUCGGCUGAGCAAAUGGAGACGCUUAUGGCCGAGCUGGAUGCAAUGAGUCCAUCCGUGCUUAUCCAACGAGCGCUGUCUGUCCCUGUCGAAGCCAUCGCCAACGCACCAAAGCCUCUGGCGCCAAACACACUCAUGCUCCUCCUCCACGACAAGCUCGGACACCGAGCCUUCAAGCAGUUUUUGUCCGUAAAGGGAAACGCCCACUACGUUGCAUUCAUCGACGAGGUCGACGAGUACGAAGGUCUACCCGGCAUUGAAUUUAUGCAGCACACGGCAAAAAAACUGUACAAAAAGUACCUGAGCGAGUCCUCCAAGCUCCAAGUCGAUACCAGCACCAAGAUGCGCCAAGAGAUCGAGACCAAGCUCUCGUCGCCAACCAUCGACAUGUUUAAAGCAGUUGUCGCCCGCGUAAAGCAGGGGCUGCUACGAGACGCCUUGCGCCGGUACCUCAAGUCGCCGAUAUACCUCGAGCUCAACCUCCAAGAUUAUAACCCAGAGUUGGCAAAGGAGCUCGACGAGGCUGUAGCACGAGGAAAGCUGGAAAUCCCGCAUCUGGAGAUCUUCCUAUCGGACGCCGCUUUCCUCGCCAACUUCAAGAGCUAUUGCAAGAGCCAGCACUGUGUCGAGAACCUCCUUUUCUGGGAAGAAGUCGAGGAAUUCCGAAGGCUGCCGUCCAACCAAAUUGUGCUGCGCUGCGCCAAAAAGAUUGUCGAAAAGUACAUCAACAUCGAGACGUCCAAAACGCCGCUGGACCUCCCCGAGCACAUGCAUGAGUUCCUCACCGACAACCUCGAGCACGUCGACCGCGCCUACUUCCACGACGCCGUGGCCGAGGUCAUGGACACUCUCCGCUCCAUUGAGCUCCCAGAUUUUCUCGACUCGCCUCUCUUCAUGGUGCUCGUUGGGUCGUGGGUCACGAUGGACCAAGCGUACGCGGUGCAUCACCUCCACAACGACCUUGAAUCAGCGUACUUUCGGCACCGGUUCCACUACAUUUGCGAGGCCAAGAAGGAGAAAAACCGGGAUGAUGCGCUCGGGUAGUGUUGUGAUUACGUUGUUAUAAACCGAAGUAUUUUCGCCGACAUGCGCAACUACGCCUGGUGGCGACUGUCCUCGUCGUCGUCGACACCAACCCACGACUCGAAAGCCAUGAG